CGUCAGCGUGAGCGCUUCAUGCCCUUUCUAGGGCGGAAAGCUCCCGUCGUAUUCAAGGGGCGGGUCUACGGCUCUGUUCUAGAGUAUGAUUGGACUCGUUUCUCUCUAGACUUGUCUAAAACCCGUCUGCUCGUACUUGGUUGGUCCGCUAGCAGGAAGUCCUUCUCCGAGGCUGAAGCCGCCGCCUUGCCCUCAGUGCUCUCUGUCUAUUUUAUUCUCACCGAGGAGUGUGUGUUGCUCCACUGUGAGAGCAAUGCAAUGAUAAAAGCCGCAUAUGCGGUACGCUACACACCUAUCAGGCAGGAAAAUAACCCAAGAAACAGCCUCAUCCCGGUUCUCCUCACACCGCAGCCUUAUCCACACCUCAAAGCGGAACCUGAAGUGCCAGAAGUACCAUGUCCAGGCCAACGGGGGGCGGUGCCAACGAUGUCACCCGCUUCCUGUCAUCGGGCACAGCGCCAGGGUCUCCCAACUCCAACAACUCUAUGUUCUCUGCUGCCAGCCAGGCUGACUGGGCAGCUAAGAGGCUGGUGUGGGUGCCGUCAGAGAAACAAGGCUUCGAGUCUGCCAGCAUCCGAGAGGAGCGCGGCGAUGAGGUGGAGGUGGAGCUGACGGACAGCCAGCGGCGGGUGACCUUGUCCAGGGAGGAGGUGCAGCGUAUGAACCCUCCGCGCUUCAGCAAAGUGGAGGACAUGGCCGACCUCACCUGCCUCAACGAAGCGUCGGUGCUUCACAACCUGAGAGAGAGAUACUACUCUGGCCUGAUCUAUACAUAUUCAGGGCUUUUCUGUGUGGUGGUGAACCCUUAUAAGAACCUGCCGAUCUACACAGAGUCCAUUGUGGAAAUGUACCGAGGCAAGAAACGCCACGAGAUGCCCCCUCACAUCUACGCCAUAUCAGAGGCUGCUUAUCGCAGCAUGCUGCAAGACAGAGAAGAUCAGUCAAUCCUCUGCACAGGAGAGUCCGGAGCUGGGAAAACAGAGAACACUAAGAAAGUCAUCCAGUAUCUGGCUCAUGUUGCCUCCUCCCAUAAAGGUGGCACUCUGGGUAGAAAAAAGGAAGCUGUGCAGAUGGACGGCUCUAGGUCCUUAACAAGAGGCAGCACUAUGGUGAACAGGAGUAUGCAAUAUGGCGAGCUGGAGAGACAGCUGCUGCAGGCCAACCCCAUACUGGAGGCCUUCGGCAACGCAAAGACUGUCAAGAACGAUAACUCCUCUAGAUUUGGUAAAUUCAUUCGUAUCAAUUUUGACGUGGCGGGAUACAUUGUUGGUGCCAACAUUGAAACCUACCUCCUUGAAAAGUCCCGGGCCACCCGUCAGGCCAAGGAUGAGAGGACUUUCCACAUCUUUUACCAGUUGUUAUGUGGAGCGUCAGAGGAAACUCGAGCGGACUUGCUCUUAGGAACUGCUGAUCAGUAUCGCUUUCUCAGUGGAGGCUCGAUACCUGUUCCUGGUCAGAGCGAUUCAGAGAAUUUCACCCAGACUAUGGACUCCAUGGCUAUUAUGGGCUUCACCCCUGAGGAGUUGAUGUCCAUGCUGAAGGUGAUCUCUGCUGUGCUCCAGUUCGGGAAUAUAUCCUUCAUGAAGGAGAAGAACCAUGACCAGGCGUCCAUGCCUGAUAACACAGCUGCUCAGAAACUCUGCCAUCUGCUGGGCGUCAAUGUGCUGGAGUUCACUCGGGCCAUCCUCACCCCGAGGAUCAAAGUAGGCCGAGAGUAUGUGCAGAAAGCCCAGACUAAAGAACAAGCUGACUUUGCUGUGGAGGCCCUGGCAAAGGCAACAUACGAGCGUCUGUUCAGAUGGCUGGUCCACAGGAUCAACAGAGCUCUGGACCGCAGACAGAGACAGGGAGCCUCCUUCAUAGGCAUCCUUGAUAUCGCUGGAUUUGAGAUCUUCCAGCUCAACUCCUUUGAGCAGCUGUGCAUCAACUACACCAACGAGAAGCUGCAGCAGCUCUUCAACCACACCAUGUUCAUCCUGGAGCAGGAGGAGUACCAGCGAGAGGGCAUCGAGUGGAACUUUAUUGACUUUGGCCUGGACUUACAGCCCUGCAUCGACCUCAUCGAGAGACCAGCCAACCCACCUGGUGUUCUGGCCCUUCUUGAUGAAGAGUGCUGGUUCCCUCGGGCCACGGAUCGCUCAUUUGUGGAGAAGCUGUCUGGUGAGCAAGGCAGCCAUCCAAAAUUCUUCAAAUCAAAGCAGCCACGUGGGGAAGCUGACUUCUCCAUUAUUCACUACGCUGGAAAGGUGGACUACAAGGCAAAUGAUUGGUUAGUGAAGAACAUGGAUCCCCUGAACGACAAUGUGGCGUCUCUUCUCCACCAGUCAUCUGAUCAUUUUGUCUCAGAGCUUUGGAAAGAGGACAUUCAAACUCUUCCUCGUGUGUACUUCUUUGACUCCUAUGCCACACUGCAGACUAAUGGCGCAGACAUGGACAGGAUUGUGGGUCUGGACCAGGUGUCGUCAGGAGAGAGCAGCGCGCCGGUCACAUUCGGAGCAGCAGGACUGAAGACGAAGAAAGGAAUGUUUAGGACUGUUGGGCAGCUUUACAAGGAGUCUCUUACCAAGCUGAUGGCCACACUGAGGAACACCAACCCCAACUUCCUCCGCUGCAUUAUUCCCAACCACGAGAAGAGGGCCGGUAAGCUUUCCCCUCACCUGGUUUUAGACCAGCUGAGAUGUAAUGGUGUUUUGGAGGGCAUCCGUAUAUGCAGACAAGGAUUCCCUAACCGCAUCCCGUUCCAGGAGUUCAGACAGAGAUAUGAGAUCCUAACCCCUAAUGCCAUUCCUCGCACCUUCAUGGAUGGCAAACAGGCAUCAGAACUCAUGAUCAGUGCUUUAGAGCUGGAUAAAAACCUGUUCAGGGUGGGUCAGAGUAAGGUCUUCUUCAGAGCUGGAGUCCUGGCUCACCUGGAAGAAGAAAGAGACCUGAAGAUAACUGAUACCAUCAUACGCUUCCAGAGCGCUGCCAGAGGCUUUCUCUCACGCAAAGCCUUUUUGAAGAAGCAACAGCAGCUUAGUGCUCUGAGGGUGAUGCAGAGGAACUGUGCUGCUUACCUCAAACUCAGGAACUGGCAGUGGUGGCGACUAUUUACUAAGGUGAAGCCCUUGCUGCAGGUGACCCGACAGGAUGAGGAGAUCCAAACCCGGGAAGCAGCGCUACAAAAGGCCAAAGAACAACUCACCCGAGCGGAGCAGGACUACACAGAGCUGGACAAGAAGCACGCUCAGCUGCUGGAGGAAAAGGCAGUGCUGGCUGACCAGCUGCAGGCAGAGGCAGAGCUGUUUGCAGAGGCGGAGGAGAUGAGGGCCAGGUUAGCCAGUCGGAAACAGGAGCUGGAGGAGGUUCUGGGCGAGCUGGAGACUCGACUGGAGGAAGAGGAGGAGAGGGGUGUGCAACUGGCCAAUGAGAAGAAGAAAAUGCAGCAGAAUAUACAGGACCUAGAGGAGCAGUUAGAGGAGGAGGAAAGCGCCAGACAGCGCCUCCUGCUGGAGAAGGUUACCCUGGAGACCAAAGUAAAGAGUCUGGAGACAGACCUGGCCACUGCAGUAGAGCAAAGAGAACGACUCGGCAAGGAAAAGAAACAGCUGGAGGAGCGUCUGAAUGAGGUCACGGACCAGCUCACUGAAGAAGAGGAAAAGACAAAAAGUUUGAACAAACUCAAGAACAAACAGGAAGCUGUCAUCGCGGACUUGGAGGAGCGCCUAAAGCGUGAAGAGCAGGGUCGCUUAGAACAGGAGAAGUUUAAGAGGAGGAUGGAGAGUGAAGCUAUGGAGGCCCAGGAGCAGCUGUCAGACCUGGGAAUGCUGUCCUCUGACCUGAGAGGCAGUCUGGCUCAAAAGGAAAAAGAAAUCACCUCCCUGCAGGGCCGGUUGGAGGAAGAAGGUGCACGCCGUACUGAAGCUCAGAGGUCCCUAAGAGAGGCCUUGUCCCAGGUGUCAGAGCUGAAGGAGGAAGUAGAGAAUGAACGAGGGAUGCGGGAAAGAGCAGAGAAACAACGGCGAGACCUGAGUGAGGAGCUGGAGGCUUUGAGAACUGAGCUAGAGGACACUCUGGACAGCACAGCUGCACAACAGGAGCUCAGGUCUCGACGGGAAGCAGAGUUAAGUGAGCUCCAACGAUGUGUUGAAGAGGAGACUCGCCGGCACGAGACCCAGCUUUCAGAACUCAGAGUCAAACACAGCGCUGCCUUAGACAGCCUGCAGGAGCAGCUGGACAACAGCAAGAGAGCACGACAGUCCCUUGAGAAAGCCAAGGCAACGCUGGAGGAGGAGAGGCAGAAUUUGACCUCUGAGCUCAAAAGCCUCCAAGCAAGCCGCUCAGAGAGCGAGAGGGGUCGUAAGAGGGCCGAUAACCAGCUGCAGGAACUGAGCGCCCGUCUGGCUCAGGCUGACAGAGAGAGGGAGGACAGGGAGGAGCGAAUGCACAAGCUGCAGUGUGAGAUUGAGUCCCUCUCCGGCAAUCUGUCCUCCUCUGACUCCAAGUCUCUUCGGCUCGCUAAAGAAAUCAGCAGCCUGGAGAGCCAGCUGCAUGAUGCCAGGGAACUGCUACAGGAUGAAAGUCGCCAGAAGAUGGCCCUUGCCUCAAGGGUGCGAGCGCUGGAGGAGGAGAAGAAUGGACUGAUGGAACGACUGGAGGAGGAGGAGGAAAGAGGCAAAGAGCUGAGUCGACAGAUCCAAACUCACAGCCAGCAGCUGACAGAGCUACGUAAGCAAUCAGAGGAGGUGAACAGUGCCGUGGAAGCUGGCGAUGAGAUACGCAGGAAGCUCCAGAGAGAGCUGGACAGCGCCAUUCAAAGAGAGCGACAGAAGGAGGAGGAGAAGGAAAGAGUGGAGAGGCAGAGGGAGCGACUGAGGGAGGAAAUAGAGGACAUGACCAUUGCCCUGCAGAGAGAGAGGCAGAACUGCACAGCCCUCGAAAAAAGGCAAAAGAAAUUUGACCAGUGUCUGGCAGAGGAGAAGGCAGUGAGUGCUCGGCUUGCAGAAGAGAGGGACAGAGCAGAAGCAGACAGCAGAGAGAAGGAAACAAGAUGUCUAGCACUGUCCCGAGCCCUGCAGGAGGCUCAGGACCAAAAAGAAGAGCUAGAGAGAGCCAACAAGCAGCUCCGUCUGGAAAUGGAGCAGCUGGUGAACCAGCAGGACGAUGUGGGCAAAAAUGUCCAUGAGCUGGAGCGCACACGGAGGACCUUAGAAACAGAAGCCCAGAACCUGCGCAUUCAGACGCAGGAGCUGGAGGAGGAGCUGUCAGAGGCGGAGAACUCGAGACUGAGGCUGGAGGUCACCCUGCAGGCACUUAAGGCUCAGUUUGAGAGGGAGAUCAGCACCAACGAGGAGAAGGGAGAGGAGAAGAGAAGGGCCCUAAGCAAACAGGUGAGGGAGUUAGAGAUCCAGCUGGAGGAGGAGAGGAGUCAGCGGUCUCAGUCUGUGUCAUCCAAGAAGCAGCUGGAAGCAGAACUGCAGGAAGCUGAGGCCCAGGUGGAGACAGCCAACCGUGGCAAAGAGGAGGCGAUGAAGCAGCUUCGAAGGCUGCAGGGUCAAAUGAAGGAGGUUCUGCGUGAGCUAGAUGAGGCAAAGGUGACUCGAGAUGACGUCAUCUCCCAAUCAAAAGACAGUGAGAAGAAAAUCCAAACACUGGAAGCAGAGGUCCUGCAUCUUACAGAGGAGCUGGCUGUAUCAGAGAGGCAGAAGCGACAGGCCCAGCAGGAGAGAGACGAGAUAGCAGACGAGAUGGUCAGCAGCAGUUCUGGAAAGAAUGUGCUGAGCGAAGAGAAGCGGAGGUUGGACGCACGAGUCAAUCAGCUGGAAGAGGACCUGGAAGAAGAGCAGACUAACAAUGAACUGUUGACAGAGAGACUACGGAAGACAGCCCUACAGGUGGAGACUCUGACUGUGCAGCUGCAGGGAGAGAGGACUCUGGCCCAGAAAGCAGAGGCAGCUCGAGAGCAGCUGGAGAAGCAGAACAAGGAGCUGAAAGCCCGGCUGGGGGAGAUGGAGGGGGCAGUAAGGGGCAAACAUAGGAUGAGUGUCGCCGCCCUGGAGGCAAAGAUUGAGACGAUGGAGGAGCAGCUGGAACAAGAGAGACAGGAGCGAGCAAUUGCCAACAAACUGAUGCGGAAGACGGAAAAGAAACUGAAGGAGGUGAUGAUGCAGGCAGAAGAUGAGAGGAGGCAUGCAGACCAGUACAGAGAGCAGCUGGAUAAGUCGAUGGUCCGACUGAAGCAGCUGAAGAGGCAGCUGGAGGAGGUGGAGGAGGAGAACUCUCGCUCCAGUGCCCAGAAGAGGAAGCUGCAGAGGGAGCUGGAGGAACUCACUGACAGCAGCCAGACCAUGAACCGCGAGAUAUCCUCCCUCCGCAACCAGCUCAGCUUCCCUGAAUGGAGACCAGAUAUACGUGCUGCGCUGCCUCUGUCGAUGCGUGGACGCAGAGCGUUGGUUGAUGACCUUUCAUUAGAGAACUCCGAUUCAGAAGAGCCUCCUGCCUCACCCACCCCCUCCUCUGGGGUCCCAGGGACCCUGACUCCGUCCUCAGAACACAGCCUGGACCCUCCGCCGCCCUACAGUGUCAACAACGCAGAGUGACACACACACACGUCUGCUUAGCUACACAAACAACGCACACACAUACACACAAGCAUCAGCCUCUCAGCCCCGACUGCUCGCGGUGAUGCAGAGGCACGCACACAGCACAUAGCAACACUAGUUUUAAAUUAAAUGCCAUGUAGGAUAAAUAUCAGGCAGUUAGUUGUAAAGCAGCCUCCCUGAUAAAGCGAUGCUAUUUAAGAUUUUGCCUCAUUUUUUUCUCAACAAGUACAGAAAAUGCGUAAAAAAAAAAAAAAAAAAAAAAGAAAUUUUACAAAGCGUCAACUGGAAUUGAUUUUAUUUUAUAAAACAACAAAGACUUGAAGUUUCUACAUUACCACCUCUGUAAUACACUUCUCAUAAACUAAACUACAUCUGCUCACUAAGCAGUAAAAAACUUUUACAUUUGGAUUUAUUUACAAACAUUUGAUGUGGAUUGAAUACACAGAUCAGGGCUGCUGGCAGAUGACAAUCUGUAUUCAUGUUACAUGAAAUAGCCAACACGAGCAGUCAAGUACACACAUGGAGCAGAGAAUUCGCCUUCAAUAUGAGUGUGAGUUAACUUUUUAAACUUGGCAGAAUUUGGCAAAAUGAAAGAAAAUUGUCAUCUAAACACAGUGCAGCGCAUUUUCUAAGUUGGCCUAACAGAUAAUAAUAAGAAACCGGAAUGCAUUACAUCGUUUUCAUAUCACCUGUCACAAUUACAGUGACACAAAGAGCUGAAAGCAGCCGACCUGCAGACAGACUCGCUGCUUUAUACGAUCAACUCUUUUCUAUAGAUUAGAAACAGUACGUUGUUAGAACAUGCAGUAGAUAGUAUUAGAUAGUUUCUUUAACUUAAAGUCUUAACAUAUUGCAUCAGAAAUUUUGAAUUUGUAUAAUUUAUAUCAAAUACCAACUUAAGUUAUUGAUCACUGCUUAUUUUCUGUCUUGUGGGGGGAGGGGCAUGUUAGUCUGAAAAUUCCUCCUCAUACUGGCUCUGAUGUCAGGCUGAACCGGGUUACUUUAAAGGACAGCUAAGACUUGUUUCUGUCAGCAUCUCAGCAUCGGGUUGCAGAGGUGAAUUUGCAUGGAAGACCUCUCUGGUUAACAUUAUUGCUGGUUUUAAAAAGAAAAAGAAAAAAGGGAAAGAAGAAGAAGUACACGUUUAUGGAUUCUCUUCAAUGGCAACAUAACUGGAAACGACUUGUGGAGGACUGUAUUCAUUCAUAUUUUUAUCCAAAGCAGAACAAAUGGUCAGAAUGGGUCUUAUUUUCUUGUUUUAGAACGAUAAAGGCGUUACAUUUUAUUUUGACAAGCAUCUUGUACACUGUAAGGUUGAUUUUACUGGUUUACUGUGUAAAUUAUUAAUCAAACAAAGCUUUUCUGUUUAACCAAACGGUGGGCGUACGGAUGAGAAAAGGGACUUAAAUUUGUAGUUACCGUAGAGUAGCUGUAGAAUAGAGUAGAUGACGGGAGUAGAGGCUGGUUGGGUUUUCUAACAUGUCUUGAGUAGAAUAAACUCUGCCUCUGCUCGCGGGUCCGGUGUAGAAGAUUAGAAUAUAACUGAGCGUUAGGCUCAAAGCAUUUUCAUAGACUAGUAGUGUUAGAUUUAAAAAAAAAAAAAAGACAGUGGAAACAAUGAGGAGUGAACUUUUAUGGAGUAAAUGGCAAAUAGAAAAAGAAGUUGCUUUUCGUUUUUUUUACCCUGUCAACUCAAGAUGACAUUAUCUUACACCUGCUCUGAUAACCCUGCUGUGAAGCCCACUUUUAAAGAGUUUUUCUUCAGACCGUCUCCAUUUUCAUAUCUUCUAUUUUUAAAAGAUGGCCUUUUUUAUAGCUUUUAUAUAGUUUAGUUUAUGACCUUCUGCUGCACUGGUAUGCCUGACACAACUUUUAGUCUGUUCUCUGAUUUAGCUGCGGGGGGGGGGGGGGGGGGGGGGGUCUUAACAAAUUGGCAGAUGCUGCCUAAAGAAGCAGUUCAACCUUUUGGGAAAUUUUCUUUCUUGCUUAAUGUUAGUAUCAGUCUCUUUUUUACCUACAUUUUAAAGCUGCAGCCAGUUAACUUAGCAAAUAGGAACUGGGGAACAUUUAGUCUGGCCUCCCUGUGACAUGAAACCUGACACUCAUAUCUGCAGAAAAAGCUGAGCUACAAAAAGAAAAAAUUUGGUUGAGCCUAAUUUUUGAAUUUGCAUUGUCACAAAGGUCUGUCUUUUUACCUGGCUAGGUUCGAGAUCAGUUCUUUGGAAGGAGAGUUAAAUGAGACAUAAAACACCUCUGACUUAGGCUUUAGCUUUUGUCAAGCUAAAGCCUCAGUCACACAUACUAGAAAUCAGCUGGCAACCUCCAGUUGCUAGGGAAAAAUGUGUAUUACCCCAGUCAACUGGCAAGUGGUUGCUUUAGGUUGCUGGCUGUCAUCAGGCGAGUGCUGCAGCAAACACCUUGUUGUGAUUUGUUUGGUGGCUAGUAGGUUGCACUUCCAUGCCAGCUAUGGUCAUGGUCAGUUUGUAUGGAAGAUCUCUUAGUGCUGCUUAGCAAGUAAAUUGGGAAUGUUGAAAACAAGUCUGCGCCUUCCAUAUAAACUACUGACGACUGCCAGUCUCUAUACCUGUGUGACGGGGGCCUAAAGUAAAGAAAGCCUGCCUAUGUUGAACUCGCCUCCAGUAAUGUAGUAAUAUAAUUCUUUAAUUUUCCACCAAACAAACUGGAUAUUACUCAAUAAUCUACAAACUUUAUGUGCUGAUAGGAUAGGUGAAUUCUGUUGUUUUUAGGUUUUCUGCCUUUAUGCUAAGCUAACUAGCUGCUGGGUGUAGUUUUGCAUUAAAUGUACAGACCUGUGAAAGCCACAGAUCAUCUAAUGAAAGCCAAUUUCCCAAAUGGCACAAGUACAACGAAUGUCACUGAUGCUUUAACUGGAAAAUCUGAACUAAUGAAAGCUUCGGAUCAUGUAGCUGAAACCAUAAAUGUUGCUCUGAAUGUCAGAAUCAGAAUCGCGUUUAUUGGCCAUGUAUAUGCACAGACACAUACAAGGAAUUUGGUUCUGGUAGAUGAUGACUCUCAAGCACAGCAAUGUAAAUCACAACAAUAUGUAAAAAACACAAUACACACACACGUGUGUAUAUAUACAUGUACACAUGCAUACACGAACAUACACGAACAUACACAAAGCUGUGUAAACCAACCAUAAAUAACCAAUCUAAAUGUUAUAUACAUAAAAUACAGGAUGAGAGAAAUGAAGUGAAGUGAAAUGAAUACCACAGAAUGUACAUAAGGUACAGGUAAGGUUCUGAUUCUGAUUCUGAAUGUCUUUAUUAUUCUAAAUCAGCGGUCCCCAACCUUUUUUGCGCCACGGACUGGUUAAUGUCCGACAAUAUUUUCACGGACCGGCCAUUAAGGUGUUGCGCAGAUAAAUACAACAAAAUAAAAUGAUACGACCAAGACAGAAAGUGUGGUAUUUUUUAGAUAUAAUAAUAAACACGAAUUCACUGUGUAAUUGUGUUUCCCCCUGAAAUGCGCCAACAACAUUGAGAGUAACAUCCACCUCUCUGACGCUUAAUGCCCUCUGGUCGCUAUGGUAACACGUAAAUAUUUCUUUCAAAAUAAGAUACACAACUAGACCCAGGGAAACAGAGUUAAUGACAAAAACCCUGAAAACCAUAAAUGUCAUACCCGGGCCUCAACUCGUGGCCUGGUAUUAAACGACUCAUGGACUGGUACCGGUCCGGGGAUGGGGACCGCUGUUCUAAAUAGUCCUAUAUUAUCUAUACUAUACGGAAAAGGAUCAAUAAUCCUGGUGGAGUUUAUCAUUGAUUACACACAUGACCACUACAGUAGUUUUCGGUAAUCAGGGUUGUCAUUACUGUUUAAGUUAACAUGCCUCUGAUGAACUGAUAAAACAAUUUUAUUAAUCUGCAGUCAUCCCACAUGCAUCCAUGUUUUUUGCCAUGCCAUGAUUCACAGUUAGUGACAGAAAAAAUAUGUGGCUCAAGAAAGACUACUGACGACAUAUAUUUAACACCCAGCUAAAGGGUUUUCAUUUUUAUUUUCUGUAUGUGUUACUCUUUUGUUUUAGUAAUAUGCAAAGGGUUUUGAUUGAACUUGUAUGUUUCUUUUAGUUUUUUUGUGUAAAUGCUGCACUUUAUAGUGUAAAACAACCAGACACUGUCAGUACGUUGUGUCUGCUUUGUCACGCGGUUUGUCACAAAAAAAGGCCGACAUAGCAUCAAGCCAAAUGAGCUGACGCGUCAUCGUGGUGCCGUCUCUCUGAACUACUCAAUAACUCUUAUUAAACAAUGUGUAUCAAAUAGACCAAAAUCUGAAGACAAACGGAUUGAACCGCUGGAUCGAGGGCAAACGAGCUCUGUUUACCUGUAGCAAGAGACAAGGCCGGUGCUUCUCAAAGGUGUUAUUUUACUUUUCUCUGUAUGUGUUUGUUUAUGGCGACUGUGGAACCAUUUUGAAAAUGUGUUUUAUCGUUUUAGCCUCUUUUUUUAAUUAUGCUGUAAUAAUAAAACAUCUGACCGGGGUUAACUUUAA